ACUUUACCGAAUAGAACCAAAGAGUAUGGAUCCUUGCAGUCACGAAAGCUUCAAAUCUAGAAUCUGGCACCCAGUAGCACUUGUGUAUGAACUGGCCUGACCACCGCUGAUGAUACUUUUUAAAAGUUAAAACCGGUCCUACAAAGGAUGUUUGUCUGCUUUAAGCAAACAUUGCUGGGAAACACAUUGGUCUGAGAGCCCCAUAAACUACAAGACUAAAGUGUAGUUUUAUUUUUGUAUGCGGAGUAGUUUGUACACUACUAUAAAUGUGUUGCUGGGAUGACUAAUGCACUGACUGGUUUCAGGAUGCCCGUCGGAUUAUACUGGAGCAGUGACGUGGACUGCUAUUAUGGUUUGGGGUAGGGCCAAUAUCUCAGUUACUGGCAGAUGAUUCAUGGUGGCACUGGUAAUUCAUACUUUGGUAUCAAUGCUAAUGUCUUCAUUGAAAACACCAGACUAAAGAUUCGAUUUUGAAACGGAUGUUGCUUUAGCACAGGCCAAAAAAACGCAAAAAGCGACCAGCAACCAACAGCACCAUUGAAGUUGUAAUACAGUCGAAAUGAGUGAAUGCGUUCAUUGACUUGACCGUGGAAUUGAAUAGGGCUUGGGAAAAGAGACAAUGGGAGGGAAUUCCAAAGGGGAGACGUGCGAGAGAAUAAGCAGAACGAGAAUUGUCUCGACCUGCAGCAGUGUGGUGGUCGAUCAGUGUGCAUGAGUUGGCACAAUGAGGGGCACAGCUGGGUGCAUCUGCAAGUCGUCUCGGUCAACCCAUGGCACCUGGGUCUGUCCCGUGACCUGUCAGCGAGCUUUUGAUACUUCACUUGGCCUCAAAGUGCACCUGGCCUGGCACAAGGGUCGUAGUGACGUCACCACCACUGAGUGGCGAAUUAUGGCUGCUGUUGAUGUUGUUGCACGAGACCGAGUGCUCAAUAUGGGUGGAGAUGCAACAACGCCACACUCCGUCCAUGUCCGUCCAGUGUGGCACGCGCUGAUGUGCAGCCAGGAUUGGUCUCGUCAGUGAUCUGCAAACCCAUUCACUUUCCAUUUCAUGUCAAGACUCAUCGGGCAGUCAUCAAUGUUUCAAACAGCCAUCAUAAUAAUCAUAGUUACGUUGUGAAGAAUAAUGUUAUCCCAUGCUUUAAAACAACCUUGUCGAAGCAUAUCCUUUAAAGGCAUGGGUGUAUACAGAAACACAAGGAUCUUAAACAAACUUUAAAUAUAUUAUGCCACAAAAACACAAUGAGUAAAUAUAUAGUCCGAUUUAUCUGUCAUGUAUACUGCUCUAUCAGAAUCAAAACCUUUUAACCUGGAUAAAUCCGGUAAGCGAUAAGUUAUGAAGGUCUUUUUGACAGAUGUCCAUUAUUAUUUUUUUUACAAUUUACAAGGGGACCUUAGCCUUAAGUAGUUAGGGGUGCAGGGGGAUCUCAGCCCUCUCAACACCGCAUAGCUGCUUUAACAAGAACACCACGCAUGACAGUACUAACUUUGUUGUCAUGAUUGUAACAAAGUUAGAACUGUGCUGCAGUUGUUUUCAGACACCAGCAAUUUGACUUGAGCAGUGAGCGAAUCUGAAUCGCUCCAACCAAUACAAUCCUUUAUUUAAACCAUGUGAGAACCCAUUGUGACAAAGUCUUUUUACAGAGGAUAAUUCGAGCAAAACAUCAUAACUUGAUGUACAAGAGAACGUGCAAUAAUAUAGUAGUCCUUAGGAUCUAUUUAAUAUACAAAUAUAACAAAACGAAAUGAGGGCAAUUUCAUAAUGCGCUCUGAACUGCUGUCAAUUAAUAGAGGGCAAUGGAAAGUGGGCAGGGGGGAGCAUUUGCCUUCCCAAAUAUUUGACAGGCCAAGACUUGUAAUUUGUCCCAUCAAUGGCAUUAAUGAGCCCCAUUUGAAAUACUCAACGUGGGCCCAAAUGACUGUUGCCCCUACCAACCUCAAUCAUUCCCACAGGCCCAAUAAAUUAAUAUCUUCUUUGUCCCUCUCAGGUCUGCCUCACAAAGGCAAUCUGUAAUUAUGUAUCAAUAAGAUUGUAUAACCCAGUUACACAAACGCGCUUGACUCGACAGUGUUGUAGCCACUUGUGUAAUGGUUCACGUGGAUGAAAUGGCAAGUAAUUAUCGGAAAAUCUGCACGCCGCCAAGUUCUGCGCUAGAGCGAGUGCUGCUGUGCUGUCGCGGGGCAUGUCUGGGGAUAUUAGUUAAUAAACCUUGAUUUGGAAUUCAUUAACCUAGAGCUGGGGUGGUUGGGUAUUAUACGUGGUUACACCGGGGUGCCUUGUGCCCUCUGUGUGCCGCUGGCGGCUAAGCCACACGCGUCGUGGCUGUGGAGAAGAGUGGGUAUUGGAUUGUUGGGGAAUCGGGGGGGGGGACUGCUGACACUGAUUUUCCCAGUUCAAUUGAACCCCCCAAAACCCCACGGGCAAUGGGGGCACGUCAUGUUCCACUGCGUUUCGUUGCAUUGAACGUAUAGAAGACGACUGAUAACGAUGCGUACUGUUAUUAAUGGAGCACCAAAAGGUGAUUAAUAACUGUUAAGUUUUGUCUCUUAGAAAAUAUAUUGGCUAGCAGUAAGAUUUUUUAAAAGAAACUGAUGAAAAUGAGACAAAAGGUGGGAGACAAGCAGAUGGCUAAAACACACACGAUCACACACUCACUAGAACGUCAACACAUUAAUACAACAUACUUUUUUUUACAAAACAACCAGUGCCUUUAAAUGCAGUGCCUGUAGAACAUCCUCGACCAAUACACUAUAAGACAUUGAGGUUCCUCAUCACUUGGUCGAAACUGUAAACCUAUUGAGCAGUGGAAGAAACUACCCGAGCCAUCUUGCAUGGUUGCCUUAUUUUAAUCACCCGGGUUUGCCCAGAUAGGGUGUAAAGUUCACGAGACGUUGACUUGUGGAAUCUGUAGUCGUGUCUGUGUGCUAAAGGUCAUUUGACGUGUGCACAAUUAGUGGGCAUUUGUGACCAUACCGCAAUCGCGCAGGGCAGAGCGCGCCAGUCAUCGUCAGAACUCUAGACUGGCAGCCCGAAACUUAGACAGAACUUGGUUGUUGAAAUCCCAGACUCGUAACCAGAUGCUUGGAAGGGAUGGCCUUCUUGAUUGUGGGAUUUAAGCUCUUUUGUAAAGUUGGCGGGCAUUGUGGCGUCUCUGAGUGACGUUUUUUUUACUGAGUCGAGUUUUUUUUUAUUUGCGGAGGUAUUUACUUUCUUAUCCUUGGUACGGAAAUCACUGCAUAUAUUUAAAUCUUGCGUUUCUAGGAAUCGCUGACUUUAACGCAAGUGGAGAGUAAGGAACCACCGAAUAACGCCACCCACCGGGGGCCACCGGAGCACUGGAGCGGACGGGCCAUGGCUAUGAAUAGCGGCGGUGUCGUGGCACGCAAGCCGUACAGGAAGGCGCCUCCCGAGCAUCGCGAGUCGCGCCCGCCGGGAGCCAGGCACCUCGCUGAGCCCGCCAUGACACGAUAUAAGUCAGAGGAGGUGCUUCCAGAUUCUCAUAAAUCCAGGCCACAGCACGAGGAGCACGUGAGCCUUCCGGUGCCUCACGCGGAGAGACCGGGCGACGGGCCACACCUCGCACAGAGCGCCGAACUCGGGAGACCCGGAGAGUCGCACGGCCCAGAGAGGGCCGCUUUGCCGGGGCUGGGCCAUCAGGGCCCGCCUGUCAGGGUCAGUCCCGACACCGCAGCAGUUUCGAGGGAUGGGCCUGGCGGGGAGCGGACGGGGCCAAGGAGGGAGGCAGACAGACGGGCAACACAGCGAGGCCUGGAGGCCGAGCUGGGUCAGGCAUGGGAGGAGAUCCGACGCCUCCAGGAUAUGUACGGCAGAAUGCAAAGCAGUUACUUGUCCUCCCAGAAGACUAACCAAGACCUGGAGGAAAAACUGCAAAAACUGGCUCAGGCGUUUGAGAAAGAGAAAACGAGCCUUAACGUGGAGAUCGUGGCGCUCACGGGCAAGCUGAUGGACUCCAAGACCACGAUCAACAAGUUGGAGGAGGAAAACGAGCGCUUCAGGAAGGACUGUAACCUGGCCGUUCAUCUCCUGCAGUGCAACAAGUCCCACUUCAGGAACCACAAGUACUCUGAGCUGCCCCAGGAGCUGCAGGAGCUGGUGAGCAAGCACAUGGGCGGGGAGGUUGGCGAUGCUGCCAGGGCCCCGCCGUUCCACGGUCCCCCGUCCGCUCAUCCCAAUGACUCGGUCCCCACAAGCGUUAUCGUACGCGUCCUCGAGAAGCCCGAGCCGCUCGGUCUGCAGUCGGCGAGCUCGCGCAGCGCCCCGCGGCCCCUGGCGGGCGACACCUUCGUCCACGUGGACAUGAGCGCGGAGGAUUACGAGCAGGACGAGGGCGACGACGCGGAGAACGACACGGCCGCUGCCGUCGCGGACAUGGUUUACGACGACGCGAGCGACACGUGGGUGCGCAAGGGGUCGUCGUCGUCGUCGUCGGCCAGCGGCAGUGCAUGCAGCCGCCAGAGCAGUGUGGACGGCGCUGGCGCCCCGCGGGACAACGGCUGCGAGAGAAGCGCGUCGUCCCCUCGUCGGCUCUCCCCGUACCCGACGCCGGCGCUCGCCGGCGCGCACGCCACGCCGCCAUCGCUGCCGCCUUCCAGCACGUACGGUGGGCGCCGCGCGUUGGUGGAGUUCUCCGGCGACGAUCACGUGAGGAUCCCCAAGAAUAGCCCACUCCCCAACUGUACGUACGCCACGCGGCAGGCCAUCUCCCUCAGCAUGGCCAUCAAGGGGGACGCCGCGGCUGUCGGAAAAGCGGUGCCACCACCGACGCCGCCGGGCUCGCACGCGGAGGGAAGUCGCUCACCCCAAGGCCCCAUCCAAAACAGCACCGGGCACAACAUUGUCAUCCCCGCAGCGUUCGAUCACGGCUACGGCAAGAGCCGUGACGGUGUUCAUCCUUGCAUGGGCAGCCCCGGCGCGCAUGAGCAACGCUCGCGCCUUCCACCGCUGCCUCAUCAUAGCCCGCGCACCAGUGCGGAGCAGGAUCUGAUGCACUUGGCGCAAAGUGGAGGGGAGCGCCAGGGUCUGAAUGACGAGCCCUCGACGUCGACGCCAUAUCCGGGGACGAUGGCGUGGCUCGGUGGGCAGGGGCAACCGUGCGACAACGCUUGCUCAGACACGCACGACCGGCAGAGCUUCUGCAACUGGGAGACGGAGAUGCUCGGCAGCUGGCGCCGCAUGUUCGUGGACAAAGUGGCACCGGACUCGGACAAGGAGAUCUCCAGCCGCACUUCUUUUGACAGCGAGUCCGUGCAGCUGCUGUCCGAGGUUUUGGGUCAGAAGCGUGCGGGGGACGACGGGGGCAACGGCGAGUGCCGGGGGGCGGUCAUGCAUCGCACCGGCGGGCCAUACCACUCGGACGGGGAGGAGUCGUACACGGCGAGUCUGUCCGAAUCGCUUUUUUCGGGCCACGCGAGUCAGGAUUCUGGCCCCGACACCGACCGCGUGGAGAGGAAGGCGGAGGAGCGGUGUGUGGGCGAGCGAUCUACGGAACGGGAGAAAUCGGCCUGGCUCAGGGACGAGAGUGCCGUGGUCAGUCGCAUGCAAGGACUCGCGCACGGGCUCGGUGCCUCCGACAAGCCAGAAGAGACGGUGCGCAGUGUGGAGGAGGUGCUUGGAGGACAAGACCAUCUACUGAGCAAUGAGCUGGGGGACUUGCCUCCACCCAGAGCUCACAAGACCCACAAACGCAUGGGUGUGCAUCACCACCUGCGCAGGAAAAACAGUUUCACCAAAGCACAGGAGGACGGAAGUAUUCUGGACUUGGCAGCAGGCGAGGGGGCGCACGUGUUGUGAUGUCGCAUUUGUUCACACGUGAGUAAGUAAGUUGGUUAGCGAUGGCACUUGCUGAUUAAUUGCUUGGAUCACGUGCCAUUCGCUUAGUCGUCGUUUAGCCACUGCCAGAUUCAAACUGAUUGUGAAAUUGUAUCAAACGGAUGGCGUGUGAAAUGUGCAAGAGUUGGUUUCAUGAUCUGUUUUUAAGUUAGCAAGAGGACUAGAUUAAAAGCCACUGGCAACCCAUGAUGGGAUGUUUCCUGUUUGGCUCAUCAGUCCCGCUUAGGUGUGAACAAUGUAAGUGAUCUGUUUUGGUGUCACCACCAACGCAGCGCUAACACAGAUCACCCAUCUGCGAAACAGACCCUGAGACAACAGGCCCCGCUCCUGCUUCUUCAGUUAUAAGUUUCCUUAUCAAUCAACAUCCGCAAUCUGCAAUGUAUUAUUAAAUUACGAAAAAAGGACGAAAUUGAUAUAAGCAGGAUCCUGGACUGUUAUAUUGAGUCCUUGGAUUUUAAAAAUUCCCCCGUCUUCUCACGCCCUCUCACGGCUCAUGGGUGCACGGGAAACUGCCAAUGAUGCAGUCUCUUUAUAUUUCAAUUCAAUAGACGUCAUUGGAGCUGUUUGUUCGUUAUCGGCUAGGUCAGAGGAGCAGUAAUGCCGGAGACUUCAAUCUGCAAGGGGGUACACGACCUCGAGUUUUAAAUUGACUUUAAAAUGUCAAGAAAACAUGGCAUGCUCUGAACAGGAGCAAUGUCUAACUAGCUUUACCUGCCUAUGUGUUAGAAUGUCACUUAUUGUUUAUUCUGUUUGUGUCGUCAUGCUUAUCACUUUAUUUGAUUGUACUGUACUGUUAGCAAAUUGUAGUGAGACGGCACAGGAGACGGUUAAUGAGAUUCCACGGCGAGCUUCAAAACUAGAAAUGUUUGUCUUUUAUAUAUAAAAAAAAAUUUACACGGUACUUUAUAUUUGUAUUCUUCGUAUCGUGCUGCAAUAAUUAUGGAUGAAACUAUUUUAAUCAUGAACUAAUAUUUUUCCCUGAUGUAUACUUGCUAGUCUUGGUGCUGUCGCUUCGACUUCUAGACUUAAAAUAUGCUGUUUACAUGACAAAACACACAGGACCAAUACAGCUGACAGUUGAGUUUCAGAGAUAAAAUAACAGUGUUGGCGCCAUGCCCGGCUGGAUAUGACAUGCCGAUGCAGUAUAGUCACUUUGUAUUUUACGGAAAGCGCAAAAUUCGUCUUUUAGCCGCACCACUUUGUUUUCGCCUACAGUGGCACCUGUGAUUUUGGUGGGAAGCAAAAGAGGGGAGGUGGUGUUGUUGUAAAUGGUCGAGUUUCAAAACCCCUGCUCUCCCGCAGUUGCUGCAGAAAAGACGUUUUCUACUUCGCUUAUAAAGCUGCUUCUGUACACGAGGAUUACACGUAAAACACAUGUGCAUGAUGCAAACAUCAAGUGUAAGGUGAGCUGCAAAAACAACUCCGUUGACUUGUACAGUACAUAACACCAUGGCCUUGAGGGGAUCUCCUUUUACUUAAUGGACAUCUUCUUUAGCAGUGGAAAAUUAACGUCGUUAUAAAAAAACUAGAAAACGUCUCCAGCAGCAUCCGCUUUGCACGAUAUGCAGCCGAGACUACCCGAAUGUUUUGCUGGUGCAGGUAUUUUCUAGCUAUACCAUAUUUUGGAUAAACUAGUAAACUUGUAAGUUUAUUCCAAAUACAUUUUCAAUGUAAAUGUUAAACUGACAACUUUUAUCCCUGAUCCGGUAAGAGCCCAUUGAGAACAGGACUCUGGUUUUCAAGGGGGACUUGUGUUUAAAUAAAUAUGGGAAAACAAAACAUCUUGGACAACAAAAGGAUGUUUUUGUCCCAAAAGUCAGGCGGCUGACAUGGUGGAACCAGCAAAGCACAAGCGUUGACGUUACAGCGGUGUAUGUUUUCUCUGAGCCUGCAUCGCGCGGUCAGUGGUGGUGGUGGUGAAACUCUUUAGGAAGGUUUUUUACCAUUGCCUUCAUUGCAGUGGCCCAAUGUUUCAUGUUUGCCAGGUUAUUGCUCGGAACCCAAAUGGGAAGUCACGAGGAUGCAGCCAUUCUUCCGGACACGCGAAUGCAUGCAGUUGUGGAAACUGCUGCUGUCCACCCUUUUUUUGCGUGGUCGGUGGCUGGUUGGGAGGUUUGUGGCAGUCUGUCGCUCUGCCUUGCAGUGUCGCUUCCAGGUCUUGUCCUCGUCAGAAUCUAUGCACCCGGCGCGGAAACCGGACUCACUGGAGCCUGCUUGAUAGUGGCUGUGGGCGCAGCUGGUGCUGAAGACUCUGUACCUUGGGGUCGACUGCACAGCCACCCCGGAAAACAUGCAACGUUGGGCCGACGUUGGAAUUUGGUUGGAACUGUUGGAACAACAUUGACCCAACGAUCCAUGUUUACUCCAUUUCCUCGAUACAUUUCGUCGAUACAUUUCGUCAUAGUCAUUAUUAGUUAGUCGGUGUGUUUGUUCAUUUUAUUCUCCUACGAACCAACAUGUAUACUAGGAAACCUUGUUGGCGUGACUGAAAUGUCUUCUGGAUUUUUAAUAAAUUUUAUCGUACAUUAAUUGUCUUUCCAAUAACACAGAAAAAUCAACGGGCCUUGACUUAUUAAAUGCACCACCAGGGAGUAUUCGCAAAGCAGACCGUGUUCUGCCCGUGCCGGUUGAAUCGACUUGAAGUGUAAUGUGCGAGUGUGGCCGCCCACCCUCCUCACUGCGCCUCGGCUCGCCCCGUGCGUGCUAUUCAGGGACACUUGUAAACACAGUAUUUAUUUUUGUCCAUGAAAAUGUAGUAGGGGUGUUCUGGGUGCAAGCCUAAUCCGGACAAUCAGGGCGGCCUCUCUUUGCCUGUACUUGCUGAAACGCAAUAAUAAAGUAUUUGAUCUUCCUGCA